GUUAGGUGACUGUCCUGUUGAGCUCUGCGUUUGGAUCUCUGACAUGGAGGAUAUGCUGUCAUUCUGGGAUGUGGUAAUCUAUUUCUCUGCAGAGGAGUGGGAAUUACUGAGUCCCACUCAGUGGAACUUGUACAGGGAUGUGAUGUUGGAGAAUUACAACAACCUUGUGUUCCUGGGUCUUGCUUCCUCUCGGCCAUACCUGGUCACAUUUCUGGAGCAAAUACAAGAGCCUUCAGAUGUGAAGAAUCAAGAAUCCAUCACUAAGUACACAGGGGGAAACUGCUAUGCGUGCCAAGACUGUGGUAAUGUCUUUGAGGGGAAAGAAGCAUUUCAAAAUCAUCUGAUACUUCAUUUAGAUGUGAAGCCCUACAAAUGUGAAGAGUGUGGCAAGUCCUUCCGUUUUCCAUCAGUACUUUCUGAACACAAAAGGAUUCAUACAGGAGAAAAACCCUACAAGUGUGACAUCUGUAGCAAGGCCUUCUAUGGGCAAUCAAGACUUUUUCAACAUAAGAAAAUUCACCUAGGACUCUACAAGUGUGAAGUAUGUGGCAAGGCUUUCAAGAAUUCAUCAGAACUUAAUGAUCACAUACGCAUUCAUACAGAAGAGGAGCCAUACAAGUGUGAAAUAUGUGGGAAGGUCUUCCACUCCCCACCGUCACUUCGUCAACACAUGGGAAUUCAUACAGGAAAGAAACCCUACAAUUGUGAUGUAUGUGGCAAGGCCUUCCGCUUUCCAGUAUUACUUUCAAAACACAAGAUAACUCAUACAGACCAAAAACCCUACAAGUGUAAGAUAUGUGGACAGUUCCUCCGCUGUCAGUCAUCACUUGCUUACCACAGGAUAAUGCAUUCAGGAGUGAAACCCUACCAGUGUGAAGUAUGUGACAAGACCUUCGAUUGUCCAUCAAGGCUUUCUAAACACAAGAUAAGACAUACAGAAGAGAAUCCCUACAAGUGUGAAGUGUGUGGAAAGGUCUUCUGCUCUUCAUCAUCACUUCGUGGUCACCAGAAAACUCAUAGAGAAAAGAAACCCUACAGGUGUGAAGUAUGUGGCAAGGCCUUCCGUUAUCCAUCGGAACUUUCCACCCAUAAGAAAAUUCAUAAAAGAAAAAAAAAAACAAAAGUGUGAAGCAGGUGGAAAGGCCUUCCAUUAUCCAUCAUUACAUUCUAAACACAAGGUAAUUCAUACAGAAGAGAAUCAUUACAAGUGUGAAGUGUGUGACAAGGUCUUUAAUUAUCCGUCAAGACUUU